AUGACCUUUCUAACACCAACUGUUGAUAACAGUACCACAUCUACUCGAAAGAAUAGUACACUUCUGACCCCUCCUCCAACUGGAACCAAAUCACCUUCUUCCACAACACAUUCAGCCACCAAUCCAACAAACCAAGACGAAACUCGAUCAGCAGUCUCUAAAGCAGGAGGAAAUUCUUCUAUUGAAAAUGGCAACAUUAAGAAGGAAUUAUACAUGAAGAGAAAGAGAAUCACAUUACUGAGCAGUAUCUUGGGUUUAAUAUUUGCAGUAUUAGCUGUUGCUGUUCUGUCACCAAUCAUUGUCAUUGUCAUUCACUCAUUGGAAAAACAGAGAAAAGAUGGAUAUGUAGAGAGAGUGAAACAGAUUGCAAUUACUGCAGAGCUGCUAAUCAGAAAACAAGUUGAAGUUUCGUUUGGUUCUCUACAAAUUAUGAGUCAAGUCGCCCAAGAAUGGAAUUAUUCGAUUAAUUUGGAAAGAUUUAACAAUUUUGCUUCAAGGUUGACCAAAGAUUUUCCAGAAUUGAAUACUUUUGAGUAUGCUCUGACGGAUGAGUUUGUUUUGGAGUAUAUUUAUCCAUUGGCAGGAUUGGAAUUUAUGAUUGGACAUCACAUGGGUCUUAAUACACCUGCUCAUACAACAAUUAUUAAGGAAGCAGUUGCUACGAAAAAGACAAAAAUCUUUGGACCAAUCAAUAUGAUCAAUUUGGAUCCUAAUUCUGUGGCUGUAAUUGCUCAGAAUCCAAUUUACUAUCCGAAUGGAACUUUCUUUGGUUUGAGUGUGGAACUGUUCGAUUUUAUGAAACUAUUCGAAACUAUAGAUUUACACACAGUUCUAUCAGGAUUCCAAUACCAACUAUUCGAAUAUGCUCAAAAUCAAAUCUUUAUGCAAAAUCUCAAUGGAACCAAAUCAGGAACCAUUGGAACUAUAGGAAAUCCCAAUGUGAAAUAUUUAACAGAUUCAAUCGAACGAAACAUGACAGUCAUGAACAGUAAUUGGAAAAUUAUCCUUCGUCCAAUUGAUGGCUGGGACACUGACAGCUUACUCUGGCUUGAAGUCUGCAUUGGCAUUGCAGUUGCCUUAGUAGUUUUCAUUCUCGUCAUUUUAGGAGUCAACCAAUUGGUUCAAGAUUAUUUCAGAAAGAAGGAAUAUCAAUAUAUUCAAGAUAGUUUGGAAAUGAAAGUUAAGGAGAGAACGAAAGAUUUGGCUAGCUCACAUUCUCAAUUAUUGUUGCUUUUGGAUAGAAUUUCAUUUGAGGAGCAGAGAACGAAAAAGAUUAUGAAUUCUCUGGAAGAUUCGGUUAUCACGAUUGAUUCGUCAGCUAUGGGAAAGAUUAUACAUUCGAAUAAUGCAUUUUUUAAGAAUUUUGGAUAUACUGAUUCGGAUUUGAUUAGAAAUUUGUCAAUUUCAACUCUUUUACCAAAGUUAAAUUUGAGUACGAUUGUGACAGAGUUGAAGAAUCAAGCCGAUUUGAAAGUAGCCGAAACUACUGCCAAUACAAAGACAGGAGUUUCGCUCAAUGUGAAAGUUUCCAUCUCCAUGAGUCAAAUUUACAAUCAACCUUCCAAUAAUCAACAAAAUUCGAUUGGUCAACCAGGAAUUCCAACCAUUACCAUCACAGACGAAAAGGAAAGAGAAAUGGCAACCAUCAGAGAAUGCAAACUCCAAACUGUCUACGUUAUCCUAAUCCACAUCCUCGACACAAUCAUCCAUCCAACAGGUUUCAACGAACACUAUCAACUCACCAACCAAAUCACAAAUGAAUUUCUGGAAUUUUUCACAGAUAUUGAAAAUCGAAAGAAAUUUAAAGAAUUUUGCUCGACUGAAAGAAACGAUGAAAAUAUUUGCUUUUUGGAAGAUGUGGAAUUUUACAAAAGUUUGGGGAAUAUUCAAGAAAGAGUUACAAUGCAAGAGGAAAUGUAUAACAAGUAUCUUAAGGCUAAUUCUCCAAAACAGUUGAAUAUUUCAAAGAAACAAUUAGAAACUCAUUCGUUCAAGAUUAGUCGAGGUUUGGGAGAAUUUGAACUGUUUGACGAGUUGGAGAGGACUGUUAUCUUGACAGUUUCAAUGGAUAGCUUUAAGAGAUGGCAAGAGAAGGAGAGAAGAAAUGAGGAUCAUCUCAAUUAUCUGUAA